AUGGCAUCUCCAUCGAAUUCAAGUUCUGAAGGCGAAGACUUUCAGACAGCAGUCCUCAACAGCAUUCAUCGCAAGCUCAUCUCAGGCAGCCACAUCCUUCACUACCACAAUGUGGUCGACGCUUAUGGGCAUCUCUCAUGUCGACAUCCAUUCAAGCCCGAUGUCUUCAUAAUGUCUCGAGAGUCCGCACCGGGCACCAUAUCAUCGGCUGCCGAUCUGAUCGAGUACUCUGUGUCCGACGCCGAACCUGUAGAAGCUAACGCACCCAAGGGCUUCGCAGAGAGGCACAUCCAUAGCGAGAUAUACAAGGCACAUCCAAAUACCCAAGCCGUCAUACACUCGCACGCUGACUCCGUGAUCCCCUACACCAUUAAUGGCGUUCCACUCCGUCCCUGCUUCCAUAUGGCCGGGUUUCUGGGCCACUGGGUCAACGUGUUUGAUAUAUCGUCCGCAUACCAGCCAAGUGACACCAAGGACAUGUUGGUCAAGAACGAGCACCUCGGCGCCGCGCUGUCCAAGUGCUUCGAGUACGGCCAGGCCGUGGUGCUGAUGCGCGGGCACGGCUUCACCGCCGUGGCCGAGAGCAUCGAGGAGUGUGUGCUGCGCGCCGUGUAUACGGCGAGGAACGCGGCCAUCCAGACCGCGGCGCUGACGACGCAGGCAUCCUACGGGAGCCGCGACGGCCCGCUGCAGCCCAUCAAGUACCUGAGCCCCGAGGAGGCCGAGGCCGCGAAGGGCAUGACCAAGUGGUCUGCUCAGCGGCCUUGGAAACUGUGGCUCAGAGAGGUGGAAGUGUCGAACUUAUAUGUGAAUACUGCUUGA